GAUGGGUGCAGUCCUUGGCCAUGAUCAGUCUACGGUCAGCCGUGGUGCCGGGCGGUCGUCUCCACGAUGCUCUACUUCGCGAUUGCAGUGAAAGUUCCUUAGAUUGUGAAAUGCGGCUCGCUAUCGGCUUUCUGUUUGUGUUGACAUGGAUAGCCGGUCAGAGCUCAGCGUACGACUACGCGUCGGCGUGCGCGCGGCCGUACCGCGCCCACCGUGCGCGUGCGCUCCCCGACGCGCCCUGCGACCUCUCCAAGCACAACUUCUGCACCACCCCAGGGAGCAACUACCCCUGGCACGCCAUCAGGAGAUUCGUUAGGGAGAACCAGGGCCUCAUGAGGAGAAUGUACGGAGAAGAACGCCACAUAUCAGUGCUCAAAGCUGAGCUGGAAAACUUCAUCGAAGACGACGAUGAACACGAUGCCAAAAAGCCAACAGGAUUUGCAGAAGAUAUUAUUAAAACCAAGAUUAUGUAUAUGAAGGGGAGCCAAGGACGUGCCAUGAGAGACAAGCCUCACUUCAGACCGAUACAAUUCGUUCAUAAAAACAAGAAAGUUGACAAUGACACACUAAAAGUCAAACCUCUAGAAAACACGACUUUAACAAAACUGAAUAAAACAGAAAAUCGCAAUAACAAUACUCAAAUAACUAGAAACGAUACAGUAAAUGAAGACAAAGGAAUAUCAUAUAAAACUAGAUUAGAAAGUAUAGCUAACAUAGAGAUAGAUAACUUAGAACCUGAUGUGAUUACUCUUGAAGCAGUUAUUAAACAAAGUAUAGAAACGAAUAGCAUAUACAAUACUGCCACUGUUAAAAAUGAUGUUACAAAAGUCAAGAACGAUACUGUAGUUGAGAAAAAUAUUACAGCGACAGAAAAAGUAGCAAAUAUAACGGAAACUACUGUAGAAGAUAUUUACGACGAUACGACAACAGAACUUGAUAAGGAAGGAUUGAAAUCUGUUGGAGAUACGACGCUGCCUCCUACGUUGUUGUUUUCUGAGCAUGAGAAAAUUAAUAUAGAUCGUAUUGACACCAAAAUCAAUGAGAAAAAAGAAGAAUUUCGCCCGAAGCCUACGCAGCAUCAAGAACCAGCGAGGCCUUCGAUAAAAUUACAAGGAGCUAAUGCGUGUGAGUCGAAGGAGGAGAUGUCUGCGCCGUUCUGGGCUAACAAUACGAGGGGCGAAGUCCUGGCUCUCCUGAACAUGUACCCGUUCGAGCAGUACAUCCACCUGGAGACCUGCGUGCACGAGAAGAAGCAGAUGUACUGCCGGGAGGGCUGCAGAUGCGAGCAGCAGUACCGUCUGCACCGCCUGCUAGCGUAUGACCCGGGCAACGAGUGCCGCGGCAUCUUCGCGGACUGGUUCAAGUUCCCGGCGUGCUGCGUGUGCAAGUGCUACGAUGUGCCGCUGGAGUUGCGUGCGCGCUCGCCGCGCCUGCGCCGCCCGCAGUACGGCGAGGACGUGCGUCGGGCCAUAUACGAGGAUGUGGCUAGGGACUGGUACGCUAUGUCCGCGUUUGGGGAUUAUGACGACGAUUUUUAUUGAGGUAUAAAAUAUUUUGUUUCAGCGUAGCCGGAUUUUGAAGUUUAGAACUGUUGUAAUUCUACCCACCUUGAUGGCCGCAAGAUUGGAAUACCUAUAUUUCUACUAUCAUUUAAACUGGAGAGGAAACUUGUAAAUUAUUUUAUUUGAUGCAAUCACAUACUGCCAUAGUACCUAGGUAUAACAAAAAAUAAUAUAAAUCUUUGCAGAAGUAAACAACUGAAAUAAUUUGUUUUCAUUUUAAGUGCUUGGCUUGAUUUAACUACUUUGACAUAAAACUAUAAUUUAAAUACUUAUAAUAAUUUAAUAUUAAGAAGUAACAAUAAUUUGUACUUAUUUUUUUAUUUAAUUUAAGGCUAGUGAAAUGUUGUAAAUAAAUGUAAAGUAUAUCGUUUUGUUUUUUAAUAAUUUAAUAAA